CUCUCCCCCUUCUCUCUCCUCCCAAUCGAAUCGGAAUCCAUGGAGUCGUCGCGGUCGCGGAAGCGCACGCGUCAAGAGUUGGACGGCGCCGGCGCGCCGCCGCCGGAGCGGGAGGUGGUAGCGAGGGGCGGCGCGUCGCCGCCGUGGAGGGAUGACGAUCGCGACGGCCAUUACGUGUUUGAUCUAGGCGAAAACUUGACUCGCCGGUACAAAAUCUUGAGCAAAAUGGGUGAAGGUACUUUUGGACGAGUUUUGGAAUGUUGGGAUCGUGAAACACGUGAAUAUGUUGCAAUAAAAGUUAUUCGGAGCAUCCGGAAGUACCGAGAUGCUGCAAUGAUUGAGAUUGAUGUGCUCAAUCGCCUUGCAGAAAACGAGAGAUACAGAUCCCUCUGUGUCCAAAUUCAAAGAUGGUUCGACUAUCGCAAUCAUAUAUGCAUUGUAUUUGAGAAGCUUGGGCCAAGCUUGUAUGAUUUUCUAAAGAGAAAUAGAUACCAACCUUUCCCUGUGGAACUUGUGCGGGAGUUUGGACGACAACUGUUGGAAUCUGUAGCAUAUAUGCACGAAUUACGGCUUAUUCACACUGAUCUGAAGCCAGAAAACAUACUCCUUGUAUCUUCUGACUAUAUAAAGCUUCCAAGCACCAAGAAUUCACAAGAUGAGAUGCACUUCAAGUGCUUGCCAAAGUCCAGUGCCAUAAAGCUGAUAGAUUUUGGUAGUACCGCCUUUGAUAAUCAGGAACAUAACUCGAUUGUUUCUACGAGGCAUUACAGGGCACCUGAAAUAAUCUUAGGCUUAGGCUGGAGUUUGCCAUGUGAUAUCUGGAGCGUUGGUUGCAUCCUCGUGGAGCUAUGCUCGGGGGAAGCAUUGUUUCAGACGCAUGAGAACCUGGAACACCUAGCAAUGAUGGAGAGAGUUUUGGGUCCCGUACCAGAACACAUGAUACGGAAAGCUAGUUCAUCAGCUCAGAAAUACUUUAGACGAGGGACACGUCUAAAUUGGCCUGAAGGCGCUGUUACAAGAGAAAGCAUCAGAGCAGUCAGAAAACUACACCGGCUAAAGGACUUGGUUACGAGAAAUGCUGACCAUUCAAGGGCAACCCUGGCAGACUUGCUAUAUGGUCUUUUAAGAUUCGAGCCUUCGGAGCGCCUUACUGCCCAAGAAGCUCUAGACCAUCCAUUCUUCCAAAAUGCAGCCCCAGCAUGACUUGUUAGAAUAUGUUUUGACUCUGUCCCUCGCGGUAUCUACGCGAGAAGUAGGCUUGGAGAAGCAGGCAUGGGCCCCAGAACAGAACGCCUGCAGCUAAUCUGUACCAUAAAGAUGAUGUAAGCAGAGCUAAAAUGCUCGCUGUGGUGAUAAGCUGUUAUUCUGGUCACCCUUUGUAAUGUACAAUAGCAUUUGUUGUAGGAAGCUUAGUGUACCAAAUUGGACCUGUACAUCAUGUGUGCGGGUGCACUGUGGACUCGCAUCCAAUCCCCGGUUUUGUAACCGCACAGCGAUGACCACCGACCGAGGCAGUCGUAAAGGCCUCCCAGUGCUUGUAUUUUUCCUGUGAUGUUUCUGUUAAAUGGACUCUGAGCAAAGUUAACUUGA